GUACUAACUGAGCGAUAUCCGGGUCGCCAGCUGAGAACGACAGGCGACCCUGGGACUCAUUUGCAUUGCAAAUAUUUUUCGCUCCUUCUUCGCCACCUUUUAACGAGGUACUUCCACUUCUUCCUUCAAACCUUUGGCUAAUGUCGUGUCUACAUCACAAGAAAUGUUUCUGAACGUGUCCCAGACACAAACUCCAGAAACUCUUGCUGAUGGAACCAACUGUAGGGAGAUUCAGGCAGACACGUCCUCUGUCGCAGGAAAUUGGCGGCUUUUGUCAGACGACGAAAAGAAAAGGCGAAGAAAAUUGUCCUAUGCGAAGAGGGAUUACUUGAAAGUAAAUUUAUUGGGUUCUUUUCAGCGUUGGCGUGAUCUGCGGAAAAAGUUAAACAUGUCGAGUGACAAAGAACUUGCUGAUUUUCUCAUGGAUCAUUAUGAAUCGGCACAAAAACCCUCGAGUGACCACGAUCAAUCACCAUAUAUGCAUGCAUCUGGAUCCUUUGUGGCUCCCUUGUCAGCCACACCAUCACUUGAUAGGGCGGUAAUUGCUCCACACGUUACCUCGACGCCAACUGGGAAAGAAACCAUGUAUAAAGAUUCCUCUUCCUCAGUCAGUUCAGGGAGGCAAACACCCGAAGAGGAAACCAUGACUGCCAGUGAAUUGGAAGACACUGAACAUUGUGGCAGAAUCAGCUUGUCAAGACUUGUCAAAGAAUUAUCAGAUAGAGCCAUUCAAAAGGUAAUUUUGUUUGUAUACAUGUAUAAUGCAGGGAGUAUAUAUAUCCAGCUUUUGCAAAAUGUAACAUGAACUAACAAAAUAACACACGUGAUUAGGCAUGGCAUGGCAUGCAUGGCAGCUACAAGUCCUACAUGUAGUAUUUAUCAGUUGGAAUGCUUU